AAUGAUUCCUCCACCAGGAAGUUCUGUUCUCCACCUAGCACCUCUGUGGACUCACUUCCCUGCUUCAGAAAUUACUCUGCUGGUGCCAUGUUUACACAGGGGAGAAAUGUAUGUGCAGCAUCAGGAACAGACAACCUCCAGAUAACAGCCAGCCCGACCCCGGCGUCAUUUCCUCAUGGGAAGGUGUUCCCGAUUUCACCAACAUGGCCUUUCUCAGAAGUCCAGUCUUCCUCGGCAGUGGCCAGAGUCCAGAGCGUGCUGGGACCGUCCCCCGACAACACCAGCGCGCUGCAGUUCCCCCGAACACCUCCGCCCAAGACGCACCGCAGAGCUAGGGCUCACGGGGACUUCUCUGCUUCCCCUUUCCAAGGAAGUGGCCACAGCGCCCCCCUGGAGCCUUCCAAGGAUUCCAGCGAGUCUGUGGUCCACCCGAGACCUCAAGGGGGAAAAGACGCAGCCUCCGAGUCAGUGAGACAUGUGAAAAUGCCAGCAACCACAGAUGUUUUCUGGAGUUCUCUUUCCACAGAAACUGGAUCGCUCUACAUAGAGCCAGUGAUAUCUGGCUUGCCGCAGCAAACAAAUUAUGAUUUAAAUGGGCACGCCAUUAACUCCACCAGUUGGGAAACUCAUUCAGCUUCAACUACUCCUCCCAGUGGUUCAACAUCAGCUGCCAGUACAAUAAACUCUUCAGAUCUCAGAGCUACUGCUGGGCAUUCAGUGACUGCAGGAGGCUUUACCAUCCAGCAUCCAGUCCUUGGUACAAGCACCAGCCAGCCCAUUCAACAGUCAGAGGUUACCAUGGUUGGAAACCACACAGCCCUCGUGUCCAUAACCAAUAACUAUUCCAGAGACUUCCAAGCAGCAGAGGUUGAAGAGUACACACCCACUAGCCAACAGGCUACGUCUCAUCCUCGUCCACAGCUGCCUAUGCAUCCAACACGUGCUCUUCUGCCAGCCUCUCCAAGCCUAACUUUUACAGCCAACUUGCAGCAAGUGCUUUCAGAUGGAAUGGACAUGAGCCUCUCAAUUUCCAGUGAUGUCGAUCCGUCUCCUGUGACAAGUGCUUCUCCAGCAUCCCAGAGUGUCUUGAGAUACAACUCUACUGCCGAAUCUCCUCCUCUGUCAACCAGGGUCGUAUUCAGGACCCCAUCCAAAGUUCUGCUGGCUUCUCAGCACCCUGAGAAAUGGACAGGUGCAACCACUCGUGCAGCAGACCCCUCCGUGUCAUCCAAGGUGGAGCCAACAGCAGCAGCAGUGGCCACAUCGUUACUGGGGAAAUCAAGUCCGCUGGCGCUGUCUGCAGCCCUGGUUGCCAAGGGCCCUGGCAGCAGCCCUUCAGCCAUGGCCUCAGGAUCAGUCAAGAGCAGCUGGACCACUGCUCUAGCUAAAAACGUCACAAACAACACAGCACUUGGCCCAAAGACGACGCCAGGGGCAGUGCAUCCGGCCUUCUCAUUCACGCCAACCUACAUGUUUUCAAGAGCGGCACACACCGUGAGUGCUCAUACAGCCAUGCAAGGGAACACAGGCACCGCCUCCGGCCUGUUGUCCACUACACACCUCCCCAGGAAACCACAAGCCAUGCACACGGGCCUCCCAAACCCCACCAACCCAGACACGCCCAGAGCAUCCACCACACGCCCGCUGACUAUCACAGCAGCCUUGACAUCCAUCACAGCACCCGUGAGGGCCACCCGGUUGCCACCUGUGCCAGCGGAAAAUACAGACACUGCCCUUCCCGCUGCGUCGACCGCUGUGGUCACAACCGGCAAAAUGGCAUCCAACCUGGAGUGUCAGAUGUCCAGCAGGCUCCUGGUGAAGACAGUUCUCUUUCUGACCCCAAGGAGAGGGCAGAGCAGUGAAACCUUGAAAUUCAACAUUGCCAAAGGGCUCACACAGGCAUUACGGAAGGCUUUCCACCAGAACGACAUCUCGGCUCACGUGGACAUUCUGGAACAUUCUCAUAAUGUCACCGUUGGUUAUUAUGCUACCAAAGGGCGGCUGGUGUACUUGCCUGCUGUCGUGAUCGAGAUGCUGGGUGUUUAUGGGAUCAGCAAUGUCACUGCGGAUCUGAAGCAACACACCCCAAACUUACAGUCAGUGGCGGUACUUGCCUCCCCGUGGAAUCCCCAGCCUGCAGGCUGCUUCCAGCUGAGAACAGUGCUACAGUUUGUGAGCCAAUCUGACAACAUCCAGUCCUGCAAGUUCGCUCAGACGAUGGAACAGAGGCUGCAGAAGGCCUUCCAGGAUGCUGAGAAGAAGGUCCUAAAUACCAAAAGCAACCUGACCAUUCAGAUGGUGAGCACAUCCAACGCCUCGCAGACAGUCACCUUGGUGUACGUGGUGGCCAAUCGAAGCUCCUUCCUCAACGGCACGGUCGCCAGCAGCCUCCUCCGCCAGCUCUCGGCCGAGCUGGUCGGGUUCUACCUCACUUACCCGCCGCUCACCAUUGCCGAACCGCUGGAAUAUCCCAACCUUGAUAUAUCAGAAACAACCAGAGACUAUUGGGUAAUUACAGUGCUACAGGGCGUGGACAACUCGCUGGUGGGCCUGCACAACCAGAGCUUCGCCCGGGUCAUGGAGCAGCGCCUGGCACAGCUGUUCAUGAUGUCCCAGCAGCAAGGCCGGCGGUUUAAACGGGCCACCACACUGGGGAGCUACACCGUGCAGAUGGUAAAGAUGCAGCGGGUGCCGGGACCCAAGGACCCAGCGGAGCUGACUUACUAUACACUGUACAACGGGAAGCCUUUGCUGGGGACUGCAGCUGCCAAGAUCCUGAGCACCAUUGACUCCCAGAGGAUGGCCUUGACUCUGCAUCAUGUGGUCCUUCUGCAAGCUGACCCCGUGGUAAAGAAUCCACCCAACAACCUGUGGAUCAUCGCUGCGGUGCUGGCGCCCAUUGCUGUGGUCACCGUCAUCAUCAUCAUCAUCACUGCUGUGCUCUGCCGGAAGAACAAGAACGACUUCAAGCCAGACACCAUGAUGAACCUGCCUCAGAGAGCAAAGCCCGUGCAAGGCUUUGAUUAUGCCAAGCAGCACCUGGGCCAGCAAGGCGCCGAUGAGGAGGUCGUCCCUGUGACUCAGGAAACGGUGGUCCUCCCGCUUCCCGUCAGAGAUGCUCCUGCCUCUCAGGAAAGAGACAUCACCCAGGAUGGAAGCACCAUCAAGACGGCCAAGUCCACUGAAACACGAAAGAGCAGGUCGCCCAGUGAGAAUGGCUCUGUCAUCAGCAACGAAUCAGGGAAGCCCAGCUCGGGGAGGCGCUCGCCCCAGAAUGUCAUGGCACAGCAGAAAGUGACAAAGGAGGAGGCACGGAAGAGAAAUGUGCCAGCGAGUGAUGAAGAGGAAGGAGCGGUGCUUUUUGACAACUCUGGCAAGGCGGCUGCCGAUCCCUUUGACACAUCUUCCGGCUCUGUGCAGCUCAUUGCAAUAAAACCCACAGCCCUCCCCGUGGUGCAUCCCACGUCGGACAGGAGCCAGGAGUCAGCAGCCCUCAAUGGCGAGGUGAACAAAGCCCUGAAGCAGAAGUCAGACAUCGAGCACUACCGGAACAAGCUGCGCCUCAAAGCGAAGAGGAAGGGAUAUUACGACUUCCCCCCGGUGGAGACAAGCAAGGCUCAGACCGAAAGAAAAAAGAUGUACGAGAAAACCCAAAAGGAAAUCGAGCACGUUUUGGAUCCAGAUCCAGAACUGUGUGCCCCCUUCGCUGAGUCUAAAAACAGGCAACAGAUGAAGAACUCUGUCUACCGAAGCCGGCAGUCUCUCAACAGCCCGAGUCCGGGGGAAACAGAGAUGGACCUUCUGGUAACCCGAGAGCGACCCCGGCGUGGAAUCCGUAACAGCGGAUACGACACGGAGCCUGAGAUCAUAGAGGAAACCAACAUUGACAGAGUUAACGAGCCCCGGGGCUACGCCAGGUCGAGGCAGGUGAAAGGCCACUCGGAGACCUCCACGCUGAGCUCCCAGCCCUCCAUCGAUGAGGUCAGGCAGCAGAUGCACAUGCUGCUGGAGGAGGCCUUCAGCCUGGCAUCCGCGGGCCACGCAGGCCAGAGCCGGCACCAGGAAGCCUACGGCUCAGCACAGCACCUGCCCUACUCAGAGGUGGUGACCAGCGCUCCGGGGACCAUGACGCGGCCCAGGGCAGGGGUGCAGUGGGUACCCACCUAUCGCCCAGAAAUGUACCAGUACAGUCUGCCUCGGCCGGCAUACAGGUUUUCCCAGCUUCCUGAAAUGGUCAUGGGCUCUCCCCCUCCACCUGUACCUCCCCGGACUGGCCCUGUGGCUGUUGCUUCUCUCAGGCGGUCCACCUCGGACGUGGGCAGCAAGACCAGGAUGGCCGAGUCCGCGGGCCCCGAGCCGGCCCAGCUGCACGACAGCGCCUCCUUCGCGCAGGUGUCCAGAGGCCCCGUGUCCGUGGCGCAGUUGGAUCAGUCGGCUUUAAAUUACUCAGGUAAUACGGUGCCGGCAGUGUUCGCCAUCCCAGCUGCCAACAGACCCGGAUUUACCGGCUACUUCAUCCCGACGCCUCCCUCAUCCUACAGGAGCCAGGCCUGGAUGUCCUAUGCAGGAGAGAAUGAGCUCCCGAGCCAGUGGGCUGAUUCGGUCCCCCUCCCGGGGUACAUCGAAGCUUACCCCCGGUCACGUUAUCAGCAGAACUCGCCCUCCAGACUCCCUCGGCAGUACAGCCAGCCGGCGGGCUUGCACCCCAGCCUGGAGCAGGCCCCGGCGCCGUCCACGGCCGCCUCGCAACAGAGCCUCGCCGAGAACGACCCGGCCGACGCACCGCUCACCAACAUCUCCACCGCCGCCCUCGUGAAGGCCAUCCGGGAGGAGGUGGCCAAGCUGGCCAAGAAACAGACAGACAUGUUCGAGUUCCAGGUCUAAGGCCAGGGCCCCGUGGAACUUGCCGACUCGGAGGGAACGGCCUUCGGGUCCCUUGGCCGGACGUGUUGGGACCUGGGGCAGAGACCCCUGUGCGUCCCUCUCACCCUCUGCAGAGGUGAACAGUGGGCCUGUGGGCGGCACAGGAGACCCUGGAACCCCUGGAUUCUUGGCUUCUUCAGCUGAUCGUAUGUCAAGUGGUCCCUGCGUGGGACCGUAUGUUUGAUAGUCUGUGAAGUUAGAUGUUUGAACUGUGGGUGUAUUUCCCUCCGGAGCCUUAGUCACAAGACACACUAACUGAUCUGCAGAUCCCUGUCCAAUGCCACAUUUUAAUAAGUCACCGGAAGGGGGAGAACAUUGCCCUCUCCUCGGUGAGUUCUGCAUGCUAGCUCUGUUUCUGUGUUAAAGGCAAUGCAGGCAUCUGAUUAAGCACCAGACUGUUCUCUCUCUCUCUCUCUCUUCUCUCUCUCUCUCGUUCAGCUGUGACUGUAAUCGUUGAAAUUGCCUCUGAUCUUGUAAAGGAGGCAUUGAUUCCAGCCAAGAAACUUGAGUCCUUUUCUCUUAAAGGUUCAGGUUCAAAGUCAGAUGGAUGGGAUGGAAAGCAGGACCGUCCAUGACUACACCUCUAAAUAGUCCUGACUCUUUUUUUCCUCCCGUGAGUUAAACAAAGGCCAAGAAGGAGGGAAGAUGAGAGGGAAUGGUGGGCUUGUGUCGACAGGUUUUUGAAAAGGUGUUGCCGUUUCUGGAACUCGAGGGCCCGGCGAGGUGGUAUCCAACUGAAAGAGAAUCGGUGCUAAGAGCUUUUAGGAUCCUACAAAAGAAAAACAGUCAUUUGUUGGAGGGUUUUCUUUGCCCUGCAAUGAAGGUGGCCUGAGAACAGAGCUUCUCUCUCUUUUUUGAGAUGAUAGAUACAUCGACUUGACAGGAAAACCUGUCUCUGCAACGCCCAGCACGUGCUGCCGAGUGACCCAGAAGGAAGGAGUAACUGAUGCCUGUUUGAAGCAGAAAUAGUGAAUCCCCAGUCUCCCCCCAACCCCCGCCCCCUGCUGCAGCCUCUGUUUAUAGAAGCUUCUGAAUGUAGAAAAUCUGUUGAUUUAUGUUUAAAUGUAAAUAACAUUUUUAAAAGUGUAUGGAGUUUGGCAGUUCCCUCCUUCCCUGCCCCUGUAGUCAGUCGAUGGAUGCAGGAGGACAUUCGCUGAGCUUAGGACCGUGAUGUGGUGAGUCACAUUCCCUGACGUGGUGAGUCGGUCCCCAGAGCGCUGGGUGGACACUGCCUCGCACCCCGAGGCACCAGCUGCUGACUGUCAAUUCCUAGACACGACAGCCACUGGCUUUGGGUGGCUCCCCGGGAGGGAGCACUAUGGCUCCCUCACCAACUAUGUUGGGGGCUUCCUGGGUGCCUGUUGGAGAACGAGGUCCUGUCCUGCCUUCACCCAUGACCCAUCUAGCUUCAGCUGUGUCCAUGCCUUCUGAGCCCAUCUUGCCAUUUCCUCAUGAGUUUCUUUGGUCUUUAAUCAAGAGAAGGUGGAAAUUUAAAAGUUGAGAGAAGAGUAGGAAUGGAACUGAUUAGAAUGGGAGAUUCAAACUGUCAAAGCACAGACUUUUCAAAGAAGCUGUUUUUAUUUCCCAGUGGCAAAUUGCCCUUUCUGGAAAGUUCCAGAGAUGAUGUAUCAUGGAAUCCCCCAGACAAGUCUCUUGUUCGGAUGAUAUUAGGUAGUGUCCUUUUGGUAUGCUGGUUGAUCUUUCAUAGUGUUAGUUUUUUGUUACUUAAAAAAAAAAAUCAGCUAUAAAUAAAAUGUAUUUUUGUAAUUUC